AGUCGAUAUGAGCUUUCCCAUGCAGGGUGGGUCCUGGCACGAAGAGAGGCGGUCUCAACGAGCACACGUAUUAAGUCCAGUGGUUCAAGUGAGGAUAUGGAACGUCCUCGUCUGAACUUCACGGGUAAAGAAACAAAUAGGAGCUGCGGCAUUCUAAGUAGAGCAGAGACGCGACGAGGUCCAAGGUGUAAGAAAAGCCCGAUGAUAUGUAACAUUAGGCCUAUUCCAUACGCAUUAAGCAAGUAUCUUGUGUUUUCAUUGACUCAAUGAAUCCAACCCGCUGAUAUUACGAGUGCUCGAUUGACUUUACACACGCUUCAGAAAGUGAAGGAUCGGUGAAUUUCUGACACGACGAGAAUCCAACUAAAAAGGUGGGGCUAGCGCAACAGAAUUUACUGCUGUAGGUCAGCAAUUUCACUGGAUUUUGAGGCGCACUGCCCAAAAACAUAAAACCUGAACACAGCAAAACAAUGAAUGUCACCAGUGAGAUGUUUGACGAAGACUCUCAAGACUUGCAGCAGCAGAGUGACGGAGAUUCUGCAUCUGCACUUGGCGGGCCGCUGUCCUUCACUGACGAGGCUGUGUCCAUCCUGACGUCCAGCAGCCUGCUGGCCCGCUCUCUGCUGGGACGCACCUCCGCUUUGAAGCGCACCAAUGACCCAUCCACCUCCGGGAACGUUCUCCGGCGGAAGCGCGAGUUCAUCCCCAGCGAGAAGAAGGACGACGGCUACUGGGACAAGCGCAAAAAGAACAACGAGGCAGCCAAGCGUUCCAGAGAGAAGCGUAGGGUCAAUGACAUGGUUCUGGAGAACCGCGUGCUGGUGCUGCUGGAGGAGAACGCACGUCUCCGGGCCGAGCUGCUGGCUAUCAAGUUCCGCUUUGGUCUGGUCAAAGACCCAUCCAACACGCCCAUCCUGCCACUCACUUCCGCUCCCUGUGCCAUGCAGACUUUGGCCCCGUCCUACUAUCUGCCCAGUGGAGCAGGCAGCAACCCCACAGCACACGGGGCCCAGUAUGGUGUUCGGGGCUCCAGGGACACGGGCAGCAUGUCGGAGGACUCUGGGUUUUCCACUCCUGGCAGCUCCAGUGUAGGGAGCCCGAUCUCCUUUGAGGACCGCCUCUGUGAUCAUGGCAAACUGUCCCCGCACAGAGCAGAGGAAAUGGGCUACGAGCUGCACCACUCCCCUGCAGACGGGCAGAUGCAGCACAGUGGACACUCACCUGGGGAGCUCUCCAGGGGGAUGAUGGGAAAGGUGGAGUCCGGGGACGGCAUUAAGAACUUUCCUCACAAAAUGCGCUUCAAGAUUCCCAGUAGCGGGGAGGAGAACCGGCGCAGCCCUGUCCAGCCAGCCGGGGUAAGAGAUGGUCCCCGCGAUGCGGCCCGAGGUCUUGUCAUGCUGGGCGGAGCCGAGGGCGCGGGAGUCUGGCCACAGCAGCAGGAGGGAGAGGAGACCAGGCGGGGGCGACAGCGGCCAGAGUCCCCGCCCUACGGCCACCCAGCACCCCCACACGGCCAGGCAGAGUCCCAUUACAACACAGAGAACCAUGUCCUCAAGUCCCACCUCAGCUCCCUGAGUGAAGAGGUGGCCCAGCUUAAGAAGCUGUUCUCAGAGCAGCUGCUUGCUAAACUGAACUGAACACAGGACUGAGUCUGGAUGCUCACCAACAGUCCCGUAUGUGAAGUUUAUCUGUUGUGUAUAGUUUUAUACCGCAAUACAUAAAGUUACUAGCUCCUAACCGUGCAGCAAAAUGACAAACAAGUAGACCAACUGUCCAACGUGUUUUUAAUUAAAACCAGAUUAUUUACACGGGAGAUAUCCUAAGAAUGAUAUGCACAGCUGUAGCUGUAUACAUACUUCGUAUCAAACUAAUAUUAGCACAUAUGUAUGGUGAAAAUGUGAAAAUUAGGGGAAGAAGAGACUCAAUACAACAGUACCUCAGCGUACAGGGCUUGCAGUGGUGAAACACCAACCAAUGCCCGACGCCAACUGGACAAUGUUCCACUCCAACUCAGUUCUAACUUUUUACCUAUACGUUAUUGGAUAUUUUGUAUUUUCUUUUACCCUCUCAUUGAAUUGUCAUGAUUAUCCAAAAUCCCAAAUGCUUGUCUGCUUCUCACCAGAGAAUGUUUUUUUUUGUGUCAUCACCUUGUGAAAGCGCAAACUAUUGAGUCACUUGUGGCCCUCUGCCUCAUACACUUUGAGACCCUCAAACACUCUGUCUCUGCUCUCCAGAGGAUACUAUGUUAUCCCCGAUCUGCUGAACACAGCACUGCUAUUUGUGCUCUCGACCACAAAUAGACCUGAACCGGUGCUGAACCGGGUCGUAUGCUGUCACUGAACUUGAAUUUCAACCAAUUCAUUAUUUGUGUUGUGGCAUUUGCACUUUGUUAGCUUUAGGCAUGAGGAAAGAACACCACACUUUUAUAAAACGUAAACACAUCCGUAGAAAGAAGACACCAAGUGAAAAGUGACUGUCUUGAGUUGCUGAAUGGAGACAUGUAUUGACUUUGGAUGUAAUUGGAACUCUUCUAAAACUGUAUCAUUCCAUUACACAGUUAUCAGCAUUGCUGUGAGGGCCGUCACACCAUAUCAUUUUAAUAUUUACAUUACAAUGUGAUAUGUUUUUUGUAGGACAACCUGUAGUUUAAUACUUUUUGUUACCUCUGUUUAAAGAUAUGGUCUUUGUUAUAAUAAGGCAGGGGAUUAACAUAUUUGUUAUAAUAUUUGUAUGUGUCAUGUGAAUAUGUGUGUGAAUAUCCCUUUUGUACUUGUGAAUUAAUAUUUGCAAUUAAAUAUGUUUUAUUCAGUCAAUGAGAGACUUCCUGAGUUGA